AUGCUAAACGACCAACAAUUAAAAAAGAAAAUCCAAAAAAGAGAAUUAGAAGUUAGUUUCAGGAACAAAGGAAUUAAUUUAGAUAAUCUUCAGAUAAAAAUAGAUGAAGAAGGAGUGAAAAUUCUUCAAUUGAUGGCUGACAAACAGGGACUUGACCAAAAAAUAAUUAAUCACAAAGCUAGAGAGCAAGAACUAAGCAAAAAAAUUACUGACUUAAAAACAGAAGUUGAUGAAUUAACAAAACUAAAUGAAACUCUAACUAAUGAUUAUACUGCUCUCGAAACAGAACACCAAGAAUUACAAGACCAACAUAAUACUUUAAGAGGUAAUCAUAGUUCUCUUCAAGGAAACUAUGACGCUUUAUUAAUUACUAUCGAAGACCUAGACAAUUUAAUUGAUGAACUAAAAAAACAACUUAAUGACACUUUAAAUGAUUAUGGAGCAUUAGGAAAUAAGUAUCAAAAAUUAAACUCAACCCUUGAAAAAUUGGUUGACAAGCUGAACAAAGAAAAGGUUAUCGCUAAUUCUUAUCGAGAAGAAAAAAACGAAAUUCUUCAACAAGGUCAGCAAGACAGGACUAAUUUUUUAAAUUCUUUGAGAAACAAACAAAAUAAUAUCCAAGAGUUAGAAAGCUAUCUAGACAAUGCUGGUGAAACUUUAGACAAGAAAAACCAAGAUAUUGUCCAUUUGUUGACCGAAAAAGACAGAUUAAUUAACCAAGGAAGGCAAAAACAGAAACAAAUUAUUCUCUUAACUCAGCAGUUAGGCACUGACCAAGAGAAAAAUAGAGAAUUAAUUAAACUAAUUACUCGCCUUGAAAAAAAAUUAGAAAAGCAAAGCAAUAAAAGGCAAAGGUUAAUAUUUACCAAAGAACUCCAUCGUCAACGAAUAAAUGGUCUAACUGACAAAUUGGUUAGGCAAAAAGAUAAUUUACAAGCUCAAUUACUUAAUGAACAAAAUAUUAGUCAGGGUUUACAAGACCAAAUUGAUAAUCAUGCUUGCCCUGUCGUUGUUCCUCACACUUGCCCAAUCUGUCCUUUAAUUCAUCUCCCCGAACCACAUAUUUGCCCAAUUGUCAAAAAAACUGAUUGCUCUCAUGCUGAUUAUGAAACAUUAGCUUCCCGAGAAAAAGAGAUAACCCAACAAUUAAACAACUCUUUAAGUCUUAAUUUAAAAGAACCUAAUUUAGAGAAAGUUAUUAACCGAAUUCAACAAUUAAUUAAGCAAGACCCAAUUACCAUUACUGAUAAUAGCACUAUUGAAAGUUUAGAAAAAGAACUAAACCAAGCUAACCAAACUAUUAGCGAACUUGAAAAAGAACUUACUCCUUUUGGGGAAGAUUUAGCCGUAAUUAAGCAACUUGAACUAACCAGUUUAGAGCAAUUAUUUAACCAAGCAGUGGACAAUGCUAUUAAACAACAAAUCACCCAAGCAACCAGUUAUCAGCAAGUAGUUAGUGUCCGGCAAGCCUUCAUUCAAAAACAUUUAGAGCAAAAGCAAAGUAUUCAAUCUUUGCCGGUGAUUAGUCAAACACAAAAAGAAAUAAUUCAACCACCAACCAAAGAAAGGAUUAUUUGA